UUUUUUUUUUGGUCGUUGUGGUGGAUUGCGCGGUUCCUUUAACCUGAGCGAAUGGGCGGGCCAAAACCUUCGGCCCCGCCCAUUAAAGGCGGAGCUCAGCUAGGAGCCUGCCCAGGAUUGGACGGUUUAGGGGCCUGGCGGUGGUGUGUAACUAAGAUUGACUCUAAGAGAGGGACUUGAUCACUGGAAUUGGGCCCCGCGCCGGGACUGGAAAGAAUUGAUGGAGCCGGCCGUGGAAUCGGCGCCCGUGGUGGCCCAGGCCUCCAAGCAGGCCAAAGAAGGAUCAAAGAACCGCAGUCGCAGGCGGUGGCGAAAAGGCAAGGUCAAAGCCUCUGCAUUCUCACACAGCAUGGAUUUACGCACAAUGACACAGUCGCUGGUGGCACUCGCAGAAGACAACAUGGCCUUCUUCUCAAGCCAGGGCCCAGGAGAGACAGCGCGGCUGUCCAACGUCUUUGCAGGUGGGGAACAGGCACUGGGGCUAGAACCAACUCUAGGUCAGCUCUUGGGUGUGGCACACCAUUUCGACCUGGACACUGAGACACCAGCCAACGGAUACCGUAGCUUGGUGCACACGGCCCGUUGCUGCCUGGCACACCUACUACACAAAUCCCGCUAUGUGGCCUCUAACCGCAGAAGUAUCUUCUUCCGUGCCAGCCACAACCUAGCAGAACUGGAGGCCUACCUGGCUGCCCUCACCCAGCUCCGUGCUCUGGCCUACUACGCCCAGCGCCUGCUGACCAUCAACCGACCAGGAGUGCUCUUCUUUGAGGGCGAUGAGGGACUCAGCGCUGACUUCCUGCAGGACUAUGUCACGCUACAUAAAGGCUGCUUUUACGGCCGCUGCCUGGGCUUCCAGUUCACACCUGCCAUCCGGCCGUUCCUGCAGACUCUCUCCAUCGGGCUGGUGUCCUUCGGGGAACACUACAAACGCAACGAGACGGGCCUCAGUGUGACUGCAAGUUCCCUCUUUACGGGUGGCCGAUUCGCCAUAGACCCAGAGUUGCGUGGGGCUGAAUUUGAGCGCAUCAUACAGAACCUGGACGUGCACUUCUGGAAAGCCUUCUGGAAUAUCACGGAGAUCGAGGUGCUAUCGUCUCUGGCCAACAUGGCAUCAACCACCGUGAGGGUAAGCCGCCUGCUCAGCUUGCCGCCUGAGGCCUUUGAGAUGCCACUAACCUCUGACCCCAAGCUCACAGUUACCAUCUCACCUCCCUUGGCACACACGGGACCAGGCCCUGUGCUAGCCAGGCUCAUCUCCUAUGACCUGCGGGAAGGGCAGGACAGCAAGAUGCUCAACAGCCUGGCAAAAUCUGAGGGCCCACGCCUGGAGCUGCGCCCACGGCCUCAACAAGCCCCCCGCUCACGAGCCCUGGUUGUCCACAUUCAUGGUGGUGGCUUUGUGGCACAGACCUCCAAAUCCCAUGAGCCCUACCUCAAGAACUGGGCCCAGGAGCUAGGCGUCCCCAUCAUCUCCAUCGACUACUCCCUGGCCCCUGAGGCCCCCUUCCCCCGAGCGCUGGAGGAGUGUUUUUUUGCCUACUGCUGGGCUGUCAAGCACUGUGAACUGCUUGGUUCAACCGGAGAGCGGAUAUGCCUUGCAGGGGACAGUGCAGGUGGGAACCUCUGCAUCACCGUGUCCCUUCGGGCAGCAGCCUAUGGGGUGAGGGUGCCAGAUGGCAUCAUGGCAGCCUACCCAGUUACCACCCUGCAGUCCUCUGCUUCUCCCUCUCGUCUGCUGAGCCUCAUGGAUCCUCUUCUACCACUGAGCGUACUCUCCAAGUGUGUGAGUGCCUAUUCAGGGACGGAGACAGAGGACCAUUUUGACUCAGACCAGAAGGCAUUGGGCGUGAUGGGGCUGGUGCAGAGAGACACGUCCCUGUUCCUCAGAGACCUCCGCCUGGGCGCCUCCUCAUGGCUCAACUCCUUCCUGGAGUUAAGUGGGCGCAAGCCCCAUAAGACCCCAUUGCCCGCAGCAGAGACACUGCGCCCCACGGAUUCUGGGCGCCUUACGGAGUCUAUGCGCAGGAGUGUGUCUGAGGCAGCCCUGGCCCAGCCCGAGGGCUUGCUGGGCACAGAUUCCUUGAAGAAGCUAACAAUAAAGGACUUGAGCUUUAAGGGCAACUCAGAGCCAUCAGACAGCCCUGAGAUGUCACAGUCAAUGGAGACACUUGGCCCCUCCACACCCUCGGAUGUCAACUUUUUUCUGCGAUCCGGGAAUUCCCAGGAAGAGUCUGAAACCAAAGAUGAUAUAGGCCCCAUGGACGGAAUCCCCCGCGUGCGCGCUGCCUUCCCUGAUGGUUUCCACCCACGGCGCUCAAGCCAAGGUGUCCUCCACAUGCCCCUCUACUCGUCACCCAUAGUCAAGAACCCCUUCAUGUCUCCUCUGCUGGCCCCUGACGGCAUGCUGAAGACCCUGCCGCCCGUGCACCUUGUGGCGUGCGCUCUGGACCCCAUGCUGGAUGACUCGGUCAUGUUCGCGCGGCGACUGAAGGACCUGGGCCAGCCGGUGACGCUGAAAGUGGUAGAGGACCUGCCGCAUGGUUUCCUGAGCUUAGCAGCCCUGUGUCGCGAGACCCGGCAGGCCGCGGAGUUGUGCGUGCAGCGCAUCCGGCUGAUCCUCACCCCCCCUGCUGCACCGCUGACCUGAGCUGGGAACGGCGGGGGGCGGCACUAAAAGACCUCUUGCACCCUUCUGCGCGGGCUUCCGUGAUGAGUGCGCUCCGAGUCGGGCUCUAGGCCCCCUCGGUCGGGCUGGGCGGGAGGGGGCGGGCCGUGCCUUAACCAUAAGUGGGGCGGGGCAGGGGCCAAAAGCUGAACCUGGGGGAGGGGGACGCACACACACACACCUGUCACCGAGACAGCUGGACCUGUACUCUACCACUGCCUUCUACUGCUGCUGUGACCGACCACCGCUAGUCGGUUUUGCCUUUGUAAAUAAAAGUUAUUUAAUUAGGCCUUUUAAAA